GAGAAGAAAAAAGCACAUUUGCGCUGUAGAGAGUGGAGAGUAGCGGUGAAGCUAUGAGAGUCUGUGAGGGUCAUCCCUACCUCAGACCAUGUGGAGUGUAUCUGUGAGGGUCAUCCCUACCUCAGACCAUGUGGAGUGUAUCUGUGAGCCCGUCCGUGUUCCAGGGGAUACAGGGGAUGAGUUUGUCCGUGCGACAAGCAGCAUGUGUGAGGAUACAGAGGGGGAUGUGUGUGUGUCCGGCGGGGACAGUGGCAGGGCUCGGUGUGGAGGGGGUAACCCCCGCCAGAGGGGGUCCUGCGGGGAGGGGUGGAGGUAGAGGGCUGAGGCGGUUUGAAGAGAUCCCCCACACGGGCAGCAGUGGCUGGCUCAACCUGGUGAAGUUCUGGAGAGAAGACAGAUUUAAACUAUUACACAAACACAUGGAGAGGACAUUCAACACCCUCGGCCCCAUUUACAGGGAGCGUCUGGGCACCCAGAGCACUGUGAAUAUCCUGCUGCCGUCUGACAUCAGUGAGCUGUUCCGCUCUGAGGGCCUUCACCCCCGACGCAUGACCCUGCAGCCCUGGGCCACACACAGAGAGACACGGCAGCACAGCAAGGGAGUCUUCCUCAAGAAUGGGGCAGAGUGGCGUGCCGACCGUCUCCUGCUCAACAGGGAGGCUAUGAUGGCUCCUGCCGUACGUCGCUUCCUACCCCUCCUAGACGAAGUAGCGAGGGAUUUCUGUCGUCAGCUAGCGACCCGUGUGGAGAAAGAGGGAGGAAAGGAGGAGAGGGGGUACAGUCUGACUAUCGACCCCAGCCCUGACCUCUUCCGCUUCGCCCUGGAAGCCAGUUGUCAUGUCCUGUAUGGAGAGCGUAUCGGUCUCUUUUCCACCUCUCCCUCCCAGGAGUCUCAGAAGUUUAUUUUUGCAGUUGAGAGAAUGUUGGCCACCACCCCUCCUCUCCUCUACCUGCCCCCCCGUCUGCUGUGGCGCCUGGGCGCCCCCCUCUGGACACAACACGCCACUGCAUGGGACAUCAUCUUCAGCCACGCCGAGAAAAGGAUCCAGAGAGGAGUCCAGCGUCUGCGCUCCACCCAGGCUGCGGGAGGUGGUAGUGGGGGUGCAGAGGGAGAGUUCACAGGGAUCCUGGGUCAGUUGAUGGAUAAAGGACAGUUGUCUCUGGAGCUCAUUAGAGCCAACAUCACUGAACUCAUGGCCGGGGGAGUGGACACAGUGAGUGCAUGUGUGACGGCGGUGCCCCUGCAGUUUGCCCUGUACGAGUUGGGUCGUAACCCGGCAGUGCAGGAACAGGUCAGAGGUCAGGUGAAGGCAGCGUGGGCAAGAGGCGGCGGUGACGCCCACAAGGCCCUGCAGGGGGCGCCACUACUGAAGGGACUCGUCAAGGAGACCCUCAGGUUAUAUCCAGUGGGAAUUACUGUCCAGAGAUAUCCAGUCAGAGACAUCAUCAUCCAGAACUACCACAUACCUGCUGGGACAUGUGUCCAGGCAUGUCUGUAUCCUCUGGGGAGAAGUCGGGACGUGUUUCAGGAUCCGGAGCGUUUUGACCCUGGUCGCUGGGGGACUCAGGAGUCUGGAGAGGGGGCUGGAGGGGGUGGAGGGUUCCGCUCCCUGGCGUUUGGAUUCGGGGCCAGGCAGUGUGUUGGCAGGAGGAUCGCUGAGAACGAAAUGCAGCUGUUACUGAUGCACAUCCUGUUGAGUUUCCGUCUCAGUGUGUCGUCUUCAGAGGAGCUCAGCACCAAAUAUACCCUAAUCCUCCAGCCUGAAACUCCACCACGCAUCACCUUCAGCACACUCUGACACACACCCACACCCCCCAACACAUACACACAUACACCAAUCGUUUAACCAACCAAACAAAUCAAUCAUUUUAUCAAUCCAUUAUACCAGGUAAUCUCAAUGAACUCACCAACAACCUUACCAUAUAGUCCACAUGAAAACGUCAAACAAUAAUAAAGUCCUAUUUCAGGUCAUUGAAAAGGCCA